AUAAACCCGGUACAAACUGGUUUUGUGUGACAAUUUUUAUACGUUAACUCCACGUAGAUUUACACGAACCAGUUGUGUUCGUCGAGUUAUGAGAAGAUAUCGCUUUAAAACUUUUUUUUUUUGUCUGUACCAGAGAGGGGAAACCAUCCACCCGGCUUGAAAUUCAAAGUGAGGCUGAGUAGUAACAACGUCAACAGUGUACCGUGUAGAGUAAACACAUGAGUCUUCGAGAAAUCAGUGAGAACGUGAAGCUGGCCCGCGAAUAUGCCUUGCUGGGAAACUACAACUCGGCCAGUGUCCUUUAUCAUGGAUUACUAGAACAAAUCAAAAAGUAUUUGUACACCGUGAGGGACAGCAGUUUUCAGCAGAGAUGGCAGCAGUUGUGGCAAGAAAUUAGUGAAGAGAAUCGACAGGUUCAGGAUAUAAUGUCAACUCUGGAGAACUUUCAGCUGGACACGACGCCUGCGAAACCCAGUAACCACGAUGAUUGUGACAUAAGGCCUGUACAUGUGGAGCCGAGACACUCUCCUUGUCCCGUCAGGCGGCCUACUAACCCCUAUAAAGAAAGCAAGCCUCCAAACAACCGGCUGAGCGUGGCUGUGAGGGCCCAGCAGAGGCACUCGCCUCGGGGGGCCAACGGGGACAGAAGCAAAGUCUCCAAGGGCAAAGAAAAGAAGGAGGCAAAGGAAGCCACUGGCAAAACAAAGGAGGAUAAGAACAAAGCAGAAGUCCAGGAGAAGGAAGUGAAAAAGUUUGACGGGACAGGAUAUGACAAAGACCUUGUGGAAGCUCUGGAGAGAGAUAUUAUAUCUCAGAAUCCAAACGUUAAAUGGGACAACAUCGCAGACUUGGAAGAUGCAAAAAAACUGCUGAAAGAAGCGGUCGUGUUGCCCAUGUGGAUGCCAGCAUUUUUCAAAGGCAUACGAAGACCAUGGAAGGGGGUGCUCAUGGUCGGACCUCCGGGCACAGGGAAAACACUUUUGGCCAAAGCCGUCGCUACCGAAUGCAGAACCACAUUCUUCAACGUUUCCUCAUCGACUCUCACCUCCAAGUACAGAGGGGAGUCUGAGAAGCUGGUUCGCCUCCUGUUUGAAAUGGCACGUUUUUACGCUCCCACUACAAUCUUCAUCGAUGAAAUUGACUCCAUGUGCAGCCGCAGAGGGACGUCCGAGGAGCAUGAGGCCAGCCGGAGAGUCAAGGCGGAGCUGCUGGUGCAGAUGGAUGGUGUCGGUGGAGCAUCAGAAAACGACGACCCGUCAAAGAUGGUCAUGGUCCUGGCUGCCACCAACUUCCCAUGGGACAUCGAUGAGGCGCUGAGGAGACGGCUGGAGAAGAGGAUCUACAUCCCUCUGCCUUCAACCAAGGGGCGAGUGGAGCUGCUCAGGAUCAACCUGAAGGAACUGGAGCUGGCCGGCGAUGUGAAUUUGGACAAGAUCGCGGACCAGAUGGAGGGUUACUCAGGAGCCGACAUCACCAACGUUUGCAGGGACGCCUCUCUGAUGGCCAUGAGGCGAAGAAUCGAGGGCCUCACACCAGAAGAGAUCCGCAACAUUUCCCGGGACGAGAUGCACAUGCCCACCACCAUGGAGGACUUUGAGUCGGCUCUGAGGAAAGUGUCCAAAUCUGUGUCUGCAGCCGACCUGGAGAAGUACGAGAAGUGGAUCGAAGAGUUUGGGUCUUGCUGAAAAAAAAAAAAAAAAAGGUGUGUGUGUGUGUGUGAGAGAGUGUGAGAGUGUGUGUGUGUAUGUGUGUGUGUGUGUGGUUUCAUGGUGGUGGCUGAGUAUGUGUCUGAAGCAGUUAGGUGAAAUAUUACAUCAGGUAAAUAAGUAGAACCUCUUCCUGUCGAAAAAUUAUGUUUUGAAAAUCUAGAAAAGUGAAAAAGGUGAAAAGUUGCAGAUUUUUUCACUUUCACUGGAAAUAAAUUUCAAUUGCAAAAUGUUUCAAAACUCUCAAAACCAAGUUAAUUGACCUUCUUAAGUGUCAUAUCAGUUGCUUUGUACCAUCGUGUCUCACAAUGAGAUUCUUUGAUUCUACAAACUGUCGUUCCUGUAUUUGUUUUUGUUUUUUUGUCGAUGCACUUAAUUGACGCGUGUGGUUGUUUCGCAUUUUUGUUGAUGCAAAUUUUUAUGAACACAACACUAACAAGGUAUUUCUAUGAAUAAAUUUAACAAGUGUUUAUGGAUGUUAACAGUGUCUCACAUGUAAGUUCAUUUGUUGUGUCGGCUGCUGGAUGGUAUUUUGAGCCUUGUGACUGUUGUUGUUCUAGACAUGAUUUCAUGGCUGUAGUUGGCCUGACGUGGACUCACACAGAACCAUACGAUCAUCCAGGCAGCUGUCAGUUUCUAGAUGCUGCUGGUGUGAAAAGUAGUUGCAAUAUUUUUUGGGGCGUGACUGAUAAUCCUCGUUUUGAGUCGUGCUGUGUCUAAGGCGUCCAGAUGAGCCGUGGGAGAAAUCACUUGGUUGCAGGAAGUGGUGUGUGAUUGGUUUGGCCUGUGGGUUUCAGAUAGUGACCACACAGUUGAAUGUACUUUUAACUCUUGAUAAAUAGGUGCAUCAGUAAUUUCCUCCUGUAAAAAUAUUUAAUAGAUUCACACCAAUUCCACAUUUUUGAGGCGAUAAUUGUAUUAUGAUAUAUUGGCUUUUUUUUUUUUUUUUUUGCACAUGAAUACAAACAUUGCAGUUAUUAAAGAAUUGUGACCGGGAUGUGUACGGAGCUCAUGGCACCGCAAAGCACUGCAACUUAAGAAAACACAAAACAAAUUCAGAAAAUAUCUUCAUCAAUUAAACAACAUGUGCUGCAAAUACUCACAACACAACCCUCCAAUCAAAUUUCCUGGUCAGAACUGUUGUAUAUUAUCAUUUGGUGGUUUACAAAUAAAAUAGAAUUGAAUUGAAUCACAUUAGAUGUCCGAGGGGAACCGUUGGAUUACACACGUCCACAUGGUGGUUCUGAAAACAAAAUGUUCAUGUUGUGCUCUCUCAGCUUGCACAAACACAAUCAGACAAUACAGAAAUGUGACAUGUCAUCAGGUGAUACACAGUCCAGCUGUAAUUCAUGGAGUUAAUGCAGACAAACAUCUCAAAUUAAAAAUAUUGUUUGUUUUAUUCUUCAGCAACACAUCUGAAUUCAUGCCUGGCACAUCGUUGGCCUUACAGGCUAAUUCAGCACGUCUCUAUUCAGUGCAUCAGUUUGGACUUGGAGGCGUACACUUGACAGGUUGAGUUGUUUUGAGUCAUCAUGCAGUUUCCUAGUUUUAAUGUAUAACCUGCUGACAGAACAGCAAACUGCAUUCACAAGCUACACUACACAUGCACCUUUUGCUAACGCAGCACGUCAUGCAUCCUGCAGCUUAACUGAACCCUGGGGAGAGACGGAGAGAAAGUCUCAGCUGCUCUGAGUUUCACAAACUCACAUGUUUUUUUGUUUGUUUUGGGUUUUUUUUUUUUUUUUUUUUUACUUUAUUUAAGCGUGACAAUUAAGAUCUGAAAUAAAAAAAAAAAAAAGAAGACACACUGACGCUUGCUGAGUUUUGAAUUAAUAAAACCCACAAUAUCCUGCCCCAGUCUGCUUUGGUCCCUCACACACAGCCUACUGGGACUGAUCCUCAUCUCAGUCACUCUGGUCUAUAAAUCAUAAGAUUUACCACACACACACAAAAUAAAGAAAACAUGAACAUCCAUGCAGGUUCAACUCCAGUUUACACUUUGAAUUUCUGAUCACGUCCUGUACAACCACUGUAUUUUACAUCGGUCCAGUUAAAGCAGGAAUUUGUCUUUAAUCUGUCUUCAUUUAGAGUGCACUGACAAUCUGAACAACCUCACUUUCACUCUCCGUUAAUAAAAAAAAGAAAGUCACACACACAAUUAACCAAAGUAGAAUAAAUUAUAAUCCCUGUCUUCAGUCAUAGGAUCCAUAAAACAGUCACUGAGGCACUGAGAAGAAUGACAAUCAACAUCUGAACCUCAACUCUGGACGACAGGACUUCUCUUCAGUAGUGACAUUCAGACCCAGUUUUAAAGUGGUGUGUGUGUGUGUGUGUGUGUGUGUGUGUGUGGGGGGCAAUCACCCGAUGUGCAGACACAAGCUUUAUAAUGAGACAAUGACCUGCAUCUUUUUUUUUUUAAGGUUGAAAUAUUACCUCACUUCAUCAGAGCUGUCUGUGACGACAAACCAUUAUUGUCUGACAGAUCCGCAGACACCACCUGGCUCAUACUAAAUAAACACAUUUCCAAUAAAUUCACUUUAGUGCACUUGUUUCCUUCACCACUCAGCAGUGGGGCGCAGUUUUGGAAAAUAACAAUAAUGUGAGAAAACCAAUGAGACCUGUACAGAACUGCUACAGACAGAAAGUAUUUUCAGUGAACAGAAAAACUCCAAAUCACUGGAUGCAUCUGCUAAAAUGUUCAGUUUGUUCCGAUUCAUUUGUUAAACUUGUUUUUCCUAAGCUAGUGACUGUUCUGGUGCGCGUUGCUAAGUUUUGGUGACAUGAUACAACAACGAAAAAAAAACAAACUUUGACAAAACUGUGUCGCUAUGAAGCUUUUGAUCUUCUGCUGCAUAUCACUUCCAUUUUUUCCACUUUCAAGACGUGUCGUCAAUGUCGGCUUAUAAGACUAGGUCUACGGUUUGGGAUGAAAGGAUCAAGUGCUGACUUCCUGGAGUUGGGGCUGUUACUUUUAUUCAAAAUUCUAACUUUUGUUCUCAAAUGUUGGACAAAAGUAAAAAAAAAAAACAAAA